AUGAGUGAUACUGAAAGUGAAACAUCUACCAUCCUUGAAAGUUUACCUUUUGAAACUGUUCUUGAGAAUUUGUCAAAAGCCGCCAAUGAUGCCAUUGAAACGGGUGACUAUUUAUCUUAUAGUACAGUUUUAGAUGUUUAUUUCACUGAUAUUGAUAAUUAUUCCUAUGAGCAAAGAGACGAACUCUUACAGAGCUUAUUGGAUGUUUUAACUGCCAAUAAAGAUUUGGUUUAUGAAAUUGGUUGGGAUAUCCCUAGUUUAAUCAUUGAUUAUUUCGAAUCAGACUAUGAUUUUGAAAAAGCUUUGAGAAAGAGCCCUUGCUCUUAUAGGAUAUUCAAAAUCUUUGAAGUAUUGGCCCUUAACGGUAAUCAUAAGGAAUUGUUCUUGAAAAGUUGUGAGUUAAUGACAUCUUUAGAUAUUGAAGAUAUCACAAUUUCUGAUGAUAUCUAUGCCAAAGAAAAGAUUUUGGAACUUAAAGUCUAUUGUUUGUUUGAAUUGGUGGGAGCAUGUUUGAAUAAGAUUGGAACCAUGCAUCCUUCAAGAUUCUUGGCUAUGUUCACCACUUCAAUUAUCAAUUUUAUUGAAAAUAAUUAUAGCAAAUUUGAAAGUCACAGGAUGGAAUAUCUUUUGAGAAGAAUUUACACAUUUGCAAGAAAUUAUGGUAGUAUUCCAGUUCCUUCUGCUAGUUAUGCAAAAGAUUAUACUGAAAGUGAAUUAGAAACCAUCAAACAAGAUGAAGAUUAUUUACAAAGAAAAUUAUUGAGACUGUUAAUAUCUGAAGCUAUCAUCAGAGUAGGACAAAAUUGGUCUCCUGGAAAUGCCAAUAUUUUCUUCAACAAAAUCAGUAGUAAAACAGCCUUUACUGGAAAUGAUGGAUCUAUUUUAGGAAGAUUUCAUGAAUUAUGUAUCAGUUAUGAUAUAUCAUUCAAAGAUGUUCAAACUGAUUUCUUGGUCUCAACUGCCAAAUUAUUUCAUGGGUUAGAUUUCAACCAACCUGAAGAUGAACUCACUUCCCAAAUCUUUGAGCGUGGGGUUAAAGAUUAUCAAGAAAACUUCUUCAUCCCUCUCACUGAUUCCAAAGAAAUUAAAAUCAAUCCUUUGGGUUUAUUGGUUUAUCAAAAUCAUUACUUUGUUAACAAUUCCAUUAAAGGUUGUAAUGUUACUUUGAAAGAUAGUAUAUUAACCACAAUAAGAUUAAUUGUACCUAUGAUAGUUGAAUCCAAAUAUAAUAAUAAGGCUUUACAUGAUUUAGCAGUGUCUUGGAAUUGGAUUUCCUUAACUACAGCCAUUAAUGAUUUGGGUUUGAAUGGAGUCAAAUUAGAAUUAUCUUCCAUACCUCAAGUAUUGAUCAAGAUUUAUUACUCUUGUUUAAUUUUCAUUUUGAACAAGAAUUCCCAUCCCUGGUAUAGAGGAGUUAAAUUCACUGUAUUGACAUUGAUGACUAAGAUGUUAACAUUAACACCAGAACAGUUGGCUUAUGGUUUCUUACGCGAUUCAAUUAGUGAUUGUCCUUUCCAUGAAUAUAAAUCGUCUUUAGUGGGGAUUUUCAAGGAAUUGUUAACUAAAGAUAAACUUGAACAUGAGAAUGAUAAAGAUGAAACUGUUGAUGAAAUUACAGAAUCUUUGAAAACUACAAAAAUAGAUGAAAAACCUCCUUUACCUUCCAGAGAUACAAAGGUUUCAACGAAAUUUUUAAGUUUAACUGAUGAUAGAUUCAAUGAUAUCUUAUCGUUAAUAAGUAGGACCCACAAGGAAUGUUUCACUGAAGUUACAGAAGUCGGUAGUGAUACUGAAAAUGAAGAUAAAAAUUUCAAAAUCAAUUAUACCUUAGUUUCAGCUUUAUCUUCAUUAUACAACUUAUUAGUUGUUUUAAGAAAUGAAGAAUCUUUUAAUACAAAUAAGGAAAAAGUUGACUCUUUGGUAAGUAAAUGGACCAAAGAUUUGAAAUCUAUCAAGGAUCAAUAUAAAGAUAAUCUCAAUGAUGUAAGAGUCACAGAAUUGUUACUUUUGACAUUAGAAAGGGUUUAA